AGGUCGCGCGGCGCGGGCAGAAAUCUCAGCCCCCUUCUCCUCCUCCUCCUCCCACCGGAGCGGCCGCCUCGAGCUCCCCUUCCUCGUCGGCGCCGCCCUCCUCCCCCGCUCCUUUCUAGUGGAGCAGAGCGGAGCGGAGAUCCAUACGUCCGGCCGCGAGAGUCCUCUUGCUGUAAGGAAGCCCAAGCUCUGCCUGGCCUGCUGAAAGCCUAGCCUAGGCAGAGAGCAGGGUGAAAUGGCAGCAUUCCUCAGGUCCAAGUGUUCGUCAGUUGGACGUGCUAUGAUGGGAAGCCUUGGAAACAAUCUGUACGGGGGCGCUACCUCGUCCAUUGAAACGGUGACAAGACCAUCUCGUUCUGAUGCAGUCUGCCAGCAAAUUAGAACAUUCAUCCAGAUGAGAACAAACCUCAAGGUGGUGGACAACUCGGGAGCCAAGCGGGUUAUGUGCAUACAGUCCCUUAGGGGGAAGAAAGGAGCGAGGCUCGGGGACAUGAUCAUCGGCUCUGUCAAGGAAGCGCAGCCUCGUGGUAAGGUCAAGAAAGGAGACGUGGUCUAUGGGGUGGUUGUCCGUGCUGCCAUGAAGAAGGGGCGCAGCGAUGGCAGCGAGGUCCAGUUUGACGACAACGCGAUUGUCAUCGUGAACAACAAGGGCGAGCUGAUUGGCACCCGCGUCUUUGGUCCCGUCCCCCAUGAGCUCAGGAAGAAGAAGCAUCUCAAGAUUCUGGCACUGGCCGAGCACAUAGUUUGAGAUUUCUAUCUGCUUACCUGCAUCUAGCUGUUAGUUCCGCGGAAAAUGGACAUAUCAAGGAUUGUACCUGAGAUGUUUUGGUUCUCUAUUGCUACUCUAUUCUACCUUUCCUUUGGUUAUUUCUAUUUGCCAAUAAUCUCUGUUCUCUGAUGGAACCGUAAUGAGUUGUUGACAAACCAGACAAGGAUAUGUGUACUUAGUCUCCGCAUUAUAUCCUUAUGUUCUUCUAUGCUUAUCUAAAAGAACGUAGUUUGAGAUA